GUUCUCCCAUGAUUCACUGCGCCUCGAUGGAGCUGUGCCCGAAACAAACAUGGCUCUUCAACAUUUUAUAACAACAACCCUCACCAGUAUUUGGCUAAAAACGGGGGAAAUAUGUGAUGAUUAAUUUCACUCGAGCCAACUCUUAACCUGCGCUUUAUGUGAUCCUAAAAAGAGGGUUUGAGGAGUGUUUUGUGGCCGUGUUUACACAGAGGAGCUAACACGGAGCUAAGCGGCUAAAGCGAGUUACGAGCAAAAUGGACCUUGGUUCAAUGUUGUACAAUAAUUUAAAAGAUGUUACGUGGAGUACGACGUCUCUGUGUCUGGAUCAACUCGUCAGCACCUACAGAUUACCUCAGAUCGUUAAAUUAGACAGCGGUCAACUGGUGGAAGGGCUCAGAGAAAACGACUACCUCUUGAUCCACUCUUGUCGUCAGUGGACGACCAUCACUGCCCACAGCCUCGAGGAGGGACACUACGUCAUCGGACCGAAGAUCGAGAUCCCAGUUCACUAUGAAGGCCAAUUUAAGCUUCUGGAGCAGGACAGAGACGUCAAGGAGCCAGUGCAGUACUUCAACAGUGUGGAGGAAGUGGCCAAAGCGUUUCCUGAGAGAGUUUAUGUCAUGGAAGAAAUCACUUUCAAUGUCAAGAUGGCCUCAGGUGAGUGCAAUGAAGACACAGAAGUGUACAACAUAACUCUAAGCACUGGAGAUGAGCUGACACUGAUGGGCCAAGCUGAGAUCCUUUACGCCAAGUCCUCUAAGGAAAAAUCACGAUUCAACACGAUAUUUAAAAAGAUCGGGAAGCUAAACUCCAUUAGUAAAAUCUGCAGAGGAAAGAUGCCGUGUUUGAUCUGUAUGAACCACCGAACCAACGAAAGCAUCAGCCUGCCUUUCCAGUGCAAAGGUCGUUUUAGCACGUGUAGCCCUUUGGAGCUGCAGAUGCAAGAUGGGGAGCACACAAUUAGAAAUAUUGUUGAAAAAACACGUCUUCCAGUUAAUGUUACUGUCACGAGCAGCCCACCCCGAAAUCACCACGACCUCCAUCUCAUCCGCGAAGGUCACCGGUACAAACUGGUCAACAUUCAAACUAAAACCGUUGUGGUUUGCUGCGUCUUACGAAGCAACAAAAUUAUCCCAGUUCACUUCCAUUUUCAACCUUCAAUGCCCAAGUUCAUUGUCCCAGAAGAGCUCCUGCAGGGCGAAUUAUGGCUGGACACGAUGGUGCAUCGAUGGUUUUCAUUUUGUCAAGAGCAGUUUGAUAUCGACGACUACUCGAGAGCUGUUCGGGACGUUCGUACAGAUUGGACUGAUGACGCCAAAAGCCCAAAGAAAAGCACAGCUAAUGUGAGUGGAAGUGCUAGCAGUGGUAGCAAUUCAAAUGGGUGUCCACAUCACAUGCACGUCCCCAGUUCGUUAACAUACGCCCGGGACGAACUAACGCAGUCCUUCCAUCGCCUUUCUGUGUGCGUCUACGGCAGCAACUUGCAUGGUAACAGUGAAGUUAAUUUACAGGGCUGUACGACAUUAUGUGGAGACUGGACACUGCUCCCGUCUGACAGCGUCACGUCCGAAUCGGGCGACAGCGAGCACUUAUUCUCCGAGCUUUUGGAGAGCACAAACCAGCCCCCUGCCCUCAACAAGUCAGACGUUCCCUAUGAAGAGUUAUGGCUGGAUCGAAUGGAAACUCAAAUGUCCAAAAUAUCUGAAGGAAUAAGAGGUAUUAAAAACAGUUGUAGUACGUCAGGUGCCCUCCCGUACCCAGGCCCAUGCGCCCUCAGUGCAAUAACCAGUUUGGAUGUUUCUCUUACACCACCACCAGUGCCACCCAAAUCUGAAGCUGUCAAAGAGGAAUGUCGCCUUCUGAAUGCUCCUCCCAUUCCUCCUCGGAGCUCAAAGCAGAUGCCCAUUUUAUCCAAACCUCGACAACAGGACACACGCUCUCCAAGUCCAACUCUGUCCUACUACUCCUCUGGUCUCCACAACAUUAGCCCUGGAAGUCCUGAGCUGGAGGCUCUAGAUACAGGGGACCAAAGUCAGGCGUGCUACCCCUGUAACUGGGCUAAAACCAAGUCCAACAGCCUGGAACCACCAGCCUCCACUCUCCCAGCUCCUGUCCCGUCUGAAGGCAUGUCCUCUCGUUUAUCCUGGCCCAACCACUUCACCAGAGAACACUCACAGUGCAUGGAGGAAUUUCUGCCAUCUGGCUGCAGAAGUUACUACAGCUACCCUCGAAAAAGGACUUUGAGCAGUCAAAAAACCUGUACGUCCAGCCUGGUCGACUUCGAUGGAAGAGAGAAUUCACAUGCGAGUUCAAAGGUCAGGCUGCAAACUAUGUCUUUAAAUGAGUUUUGUGUUAAAUCCUCCAGCUACAACUCAGAAAUGCACAGAGAUAAUAAACCAAUAGAGGAAUCUAAUACAAAGCAAAGUCUGUCUUGUCCAAUCUUACCACCAAGGACAGCUAAGGGUCAUGCUGUGAAAACCAGUACAGAGGUGGAGCUAGCUCACGACAUUAACCCAGAUCAUUCUGAAAUUUCUAUUGAACAAGACACAAUAGAAGCUAGCAGUAGUAAUCCUGCUAGCCCUGACUGUUUAGCAUUCAACGCUACUUCACAAUGGCAGCCCCCGUCCAGCCUGGCCGGUCUUUCUAUUGAAGAAGUCUCUAAAUCUUUGAAGUUCAUCGGGCUCCCGGACGACAUCGUCUCACUCUUUGUGUCAGAAAAGAUUGAUGGGAAUUUGCUCCUACAGCUCACAGAGGAGAUUCUCUCUGAAGACUUCAAACUGAGCAAACUGCAAGUGAAGAAGCUCAUGCAGUUUAUGAACGGGUGGAGGCCCAAGAUAUGACAUAUGUAAAAAAA